AUGGCUCUGUCUCUCUAUACGGAGUUGAGUCUCAUGAAAGAGACGGUGGAGAGAAUAAAAGGGUACGUUGGUGAGAUUGAGGAUGAUAUUGUCAAGAGUUUCAAGAAUUCUUCUUCUUCAUUCGAAGCUUUCUUGGGAACAUGCAGAAGGCUAAAGAUUUUGAUUGAACAUAUGGUAACAGAGAUGGAGACAAGAAUCGAAGCUCAAGUAGUAUCUAAAUUGCAGAAUGUUACUCUUUAA